AUGUCAUCCUCCGACGUCCGCUCCAUCCUCAACCUCCCCCAAGCCGGCUCCUCCUCCCACCACCCCCCCGCCCCCAAAAAGCUCCCACAACCCAAGAAACCCGACGGCAUUUCCCGAGAACUCUACGCCCUCAUUGGCGAUAAUGCGCCGUCACUCGCGGAUGCGCAGGCGAGUAUCGCUGCUGUAAAGUAUAGGGAGAAGCCUGCUUUCAAGUCGAAGAAGGUGCACUGGGAAUGGACGCCAUUUACGCCUGCGGCGCGACAGGAGGAAGGCAACUUGAAGCUGGGCCAUUGGGCUCGAGUCACCGACUCUGACCCAGAAGCAUCAGUCGAAUACUUUGGCAAAUUCAACAACCACGGCCCCUCUUCCAUGGAAUACAGCCAAUACGAAUACGACCAACACCUCAUCGACCCCAACUGGACACCACACGAGACGGCGUACCUCUUCGAGCUGCUGAAAGAGUAUGAUCUGCGGUUUAUCGUGGCGGCGGACAGGUACGCGUAUAUGGGACCGACGGGGAUGGGUCCGGAGAAAAAGCGGUCGGUAGAAGAUAUGAAGGAGAGGUACUACUUUAUCUGCAAGAGGCUGGUGGAAACACGCACAGCCAGCGACCCCCACGCCCAAAACUUGCUCGCCCGUCAAUACGAAUUUGACAAAGCCCGCGAGAUCAAACGCAAACAAUACGCCUCCGAACUAUUCCACCUCACCGCCGCCGAAAUCUCCGAAGAAGAAGCCCUCUACGUCGAGAUCAAGCGCAUGGAGCAGAACGAGCGUCGUUUUCGCGCCGACCGCGACGACCUCAUGCGGUCAGUCAUGGGCCUCGACAGCGGGCUCGUCAACGUCGACCAAGCCACCAUCGAGGGAGUAUUCGGAGCGGACAAGAAUAAGAAGAAGAGAAAGGCGGAUGAUGAUUACCUUGCGCCAUCGCCUGCGCCCACGCCGAAGAGAACGCCAAAUGCGGCUUUCGACAAUGCUCACUGUAUCUACCACGUCCCCACCCCCGCCGAACCCCAAGGCUCGUCCUACCUCUCCACCAAACACCCCGCCCACCUCCCCGUCUACCUCCGCUCCUCCAAGCUACCCCUCCCCAAACCGACAGCUGCUAUACGCGUGACAGAGCUCCUCGCCGAGCUCGGGGUGAACGCUACAAAGCUGGUCAUGCCGACGAGACAGAAUCUGGAGGUCCUUGAGGGCCUGCUAGGCGCGGGCGCGGCGUUGGUGGAGAUGAAGAGGCAGGUGGAUCGGGUGGAACAAGAGUUGAGGACGGUCAGGGCGCAGAAGGAGGGGCUUUUGCCGAUGGCCACGCCUGGUGUGGAGCCUUCUCAGCAAAGCCGCGCCGACUCUGUCGUCUCUACCGACACGACCACCACCACCAACAGGCAAAGCCGACCUCUCUAA